UUUCCAACACUGUUUUAAGCUGGCGCCGUCUUGGAAAUUGGUUUCCCCAAAAAAGUUAAAUUUUAAAGUAAAUAAGGCUAUAGAUUAAAUCAAAUUCCAAUCGAGAUGAUCUCCCUACCCGACACAGAUAGCGAGGAUGAGCUGCCACCCGGAUGGGAGGAGCGGGCCACCGAUGACGGAACUGUUUGUUAUGUGAAUCAGCAGGCUAAAACGUCGCAGUGGACACAUCCGCGGACGGGACGCUCCAAGCGGAUUACUGGGGAACUGCCAUUGGGUUGGGAGAAGUACUACGAUGAGCAGGGAAAGCGUUUCAUGUUUAUCAACAAAGAGACGCAGCAGCGAACCAAUGUCGAUCCCCGUUUGGCCUUCGCCGUGGAGGAGCCCACCCAAAACGUGGCCCAGGUGCGCCAGAGAUUCGACUCCUGCACGACGGCCCUUCAGGUGCUGCACGGCAAGGAUUUGCACGGACGCACGGCCCUGAUUACGGGUGCAAAUUGUGGCAUAGGCUUUGAGACGGCUCGCUCACUGGCCCAACACGGCUGUGAAAUCAUCUUCGCCUGCCGAAACAGGACGUCCACGGAGGCGGCCAUUGACAGGAUUUCCCAGGAACGACCGGCUGCCCGUGCCCGCUGCCGUUUCGCAGCCCUUGACCUCAGCUCCUUGCGUUCAGUUCAGCGAUUUGUCAAUGAAAUCAAACAGACCGUGAGCCACAUUGAUUAUCUAAUUCUGAACGCUGGCGUAUUUGCACUGCCCCACACAAAAACAGAGGAUGGUCUAGAAACCACAUUCCAGGUCUCACACCUGUCGCAUUUCUACUUGACUUUGCAACUGGAGACUCUUUUUGAUUACAAAACACGGAUUGUUGUGCUGUCAUCCGAAUCGCACAGAUUCGCCAAUCUGCCCGUGGAGAAUCUGGCGGUGCAUCAUCUUUCUCCGCCACCCGAGAAAUACUGGAGCAUGAUGGCGUACAACAAUGCCAAGCUGUGCAAUGUUUUGUUCGCCCAGGAACUCGCCCAGCGCUGGAAGCAGCGAGGAAUUUCCGUCUUCAGUGUGCAUCCGGGCAAUAUGGUAUCCACCGAUUUGUCGCGAAACUAUUGGUUUUACCGGCUCCUCUUUGCAAUAGUGCGUCCCUUUACCAAGUCUUUGCAACAAGCUGCUGCCACAAGUAUUUACUGUGCCACAGCCAACGAGCUGACGGGGUUGUCCGGACUGUACUUCAACAACUGCUUCUUCUGUGAACCCAGUAAAUUGUCUAAAAGUACUUCACUGCAGCAGCAACUUUGGCAACUGAGUGAGAACUUGAUUUCCGAGCUUCUGCAGGAGGAACAGCAUUAACCAUACUCUUGUUUAGCUUUUAAUAUAUUUAUACACUAUAUACAAAUACAAGAGCUAACCGGUGCAUUUAUGGCCUUUAUAAUCAUUAAAAUGUAAUACAAAA